AUGGCGACCCGGCCACAGCGCUGCGAGCCCAACAUAUCGGGCGAGGCCUUCAUAUCGCAGUUCGUGCUGUUCAUCGACCGCAGAGGCCCCCAGCUGCUGUCCAGCGGGGGCGCCCUGAAACUGCAGCCCCGCUGCCUGGAGUACCUUGCGUCCCGGCUUUCCGCCCUGCUGGAGCUUUUGAAGGUGAGGGCCUCCAAUCCGAUCGAGUACUUCACGGGCGCCGUUGCUGACUUGGAAGACUACAAACGGCUGAAGAAGGUGCAAGAUUUUCUGGAGGACACGCGUUACCUGAAGUUGCACUCCGCGGCGAGGGGUGUUCGCGACCCCACGCCCGUCAUCCUGUCGCCAUUCAGGGCACUGACGACCUUGGAGCUACGGGGCUGUGAUUUAUCUUCCCAGUGCGCCAUUGGGAUGAGCCAGGUGUGCGGCAGCCUGGAGAAGUUGGUGUGUCAAGACACUCUGGAAGCUUUGAGCCAUGUGCUGGAUCCCCCACUCUGCCAAGUCGAUCAAGCACAGCACACUUCAUGGCCCAAACUGAAGCAGCUGUCUUGCAUGUACAACAACAUCAGUGAGAUGGACACAUCGUUGCAACUGGCCCCCAAUAUUGAGCUGUUGGAUCUGUCAAGGAAUAACAUUUCGAUGGUGGCCAAUUUGGAAGGGUGCGUCAGCCUCACAUCCCUUGAUCUUAGUCACAACAACCUGUCAAGCAUCGAGUCAGCGCUGUCAUCUUGCUGCAACCUACGGAGACUUAUACUGAAGGGCAAUGCCAUUCGCUCUCUUGAUGGCAUUGAAGACCUGGAGCAGCUGCAGGAACUGGAUGUUCGAUGGAACCUGAUAGGCAGUCUAAAGGCUGUGGGAAAAAUAGCACAGUUGCCUGAAAUUUGCAAAGUCGGCUUGGAAGGCAACCCUGUGGCAAUGAUGCCGUCCUACCGGAUCUAUGCAUUGGGAUGCUUUCCUGACGUGGAUCGAAUGGAGCUCGAUGAAAAGACCACGACAGACAUGGAAAGGUUCAGGGCCAAGCGUGUGGCUGUGUCUGAGCUACGGGAUCAAAUCAUUCCCCCAGUGGAUGUAUCUUCCAGGAGGAGCCAAUCAAUGAAGUCCAUUCAGAGCCUGUGGCAACUUGUCACCCCACCCUGGCUGGCCAUGCGUUCCAGGCGGCCAUCUUGGACGGUCAGCAUUGACAGCGCAAGCUACCCAGCCUCUCCUUAUGACACAGAGUCCAGGAGGACUCCACACAAGGCACGCCGGCGAGUUGUUGAUAUUCCUUAUCCAGACGACGUUUCCAGUGUUUCGCAAAGGAGUUCUGUUGCAAGUCCUGUGGAGACUGUGCUGUUGCAGAGACAGCGUUCGACACCACACUCCUUUUUCUUCCAGUUUGAGAGGCACAGGUUGGGAUGGAUGCGCACAAGGUGGCGAUUUAGUGAGUUGGGAGCCCAAGACUCUGAUGCUGGCCUGACUGGCAGUGCAGUGAAUGCUACCAACGGUGCCAGUCCAUCAUUAGCUGCAGCGGAUCUGUAG